AUGGAUACGACCACCAACAGUCAUUUCUCCCGAUUUGAAAUGUGUCGGUAUGUGCCUCAUAUAAUGGUGUGUGAGCCAAAAACGGAUGGCAUAUCUUCGGUCAGCAACCUCCUCCAUUUUUCGGUUCUCGGAUUUUCUGUCUGGAUUGUUGCUUUCAUCACGUGCUUCGGUAAUGCUAUGGUCAUAAUCUGCAGAAUCGUGUUGAACGAGGAGAAAAAUGUUCAUUCACUCUUUAUUAAAAAUCUUGCUGCUGCCGAUUUCAUGCUAGGCAUAUAUCUCUUGAUCAUCGCUAGCCACGAUGUUCUUUACAGGAACCAGUACAACGUUUAUGCGAUGAAGUGGAUGGACGGCUGGACGUGUCAAGUUACUGGGUUCAUCGGAACGCUUGCACUCGAAGUUUCGGUUCUAAUUUUGACAUGCAUGAGUAUUGAAUGCUCUUUAACUGUAUCGUUUCCUCUAAAACCUCGUAUCAUGACAAUACACCGAGCUGGAUUAGUUUUAACGUUUAUUUGGGUUUCAGGAGUUGUCAUUGCAGGUGUGCCCAUAGUUUUCCUUUCGUCGUUCGGACGGUUCUAUGGCGAUAAUGGAGUCUGUUUGCCAUUUCACAUCCAUGACCCCUUUGUUAAUGGCUGGCAGUAUUCCACUUUCAUAUUUAUAUUCAUUAAUUUAUCUGCUAUCGUAAUCAUCACAGUCUGUUACACGGUCAUAUUUUUUAGUUUGAAAUAUACAAGAACUAAAAUCCCUAACAUUGUCGACAUGUACGAUAAUGAAAAUAAUUUGGGGAAUAAAGUAAUGAAAAGAAAAAUUCAAACAGUGGAUAAACGAUUGUUUUUGAUUGUUUGGACAAAUGUGUUGUGUUGGUUUCCUAUAACUCUAAUUAAAAUCAUGGCUUUAAAUUCUAUUACAAUAUCAGAUAGCUUUUACGCUUGGCUGACAAUAUUUGUUGUUCCUAUAAAUAGCGCACUUAAUCCAAUAAUAUACUCUGUUACAACUGCAUCAUUCAAACAAAAAAUUUUGAAGCACUAUCGAGUUCCAGUUUUGGGAAACGGAAUUCAAAAUAUGACAUUUACCGUGGGAGAAAAGUUUAAAAGUUAUAUUAUUUAUUUAUUUGAAUUUAAUUUUUAG